UGCUGCAUCAGCUCGAGCUUCCGGUCAGAGCGCGAGUCUGGAGGACGCAGUAAAACUGGAGAUGUAAUGAUGCUGCGCUCCUGCACAGACUCUUAUCCUCACACUUCAGUAACGACUGACGACCUUUAACAAGCAGCAACCUGGAUUUGGAAAGUAUGGGUAAAGAAGACAUGGUGUGUCGACCAGCAGCGCUUAAAUUCACUAUUGAUCACAUCCUUAACAAAGAUAUUGAUGUAAAUCUCCAAAAUUCACAACUCAUCUCAGAGAGCAGCUAUUCAUCAUGUGAAGAUCUGAAAUGUCCUGAAACAGAGAACAGAGGUAGCGACGUCUAUGACCACUCUCCGAGCAUCACGAUGGAGGAAGUAAGUGGAAAGUAUCCAAAAAAAUCCAAUACGAACAGCAGAGAUGACCUGUCUAAACAUCAGCAAAUCCACAAGAAGAACAAACCACUGGUGAAGAAGAAAACACGCACCAUUUUCUCCAAAAGACAAAUUUUCCAGCUGGAGUCGACUUUCGACCUGAAGCGUUACCUGAGUAGUGCUGAACGAGCAUGUCUGGCCAACUCCUUACAGCUCACUGAGACACAGGUGAAAAUCUGGUUUCAAAACAGAAGGAAUAAACUGAAACGUCAGAUCUCCACAGACUUAGAGGCGCCGUACAGAGGAAGUGGUAGGAGUAAUACUUUUGGAGGAUGUUUGUUGCCGACUCCUGUUCCACUUCUGUAUACGGAGACCUCUCCACAUUACCUGUAUCUCUCCCACGCCAGCAAAUAUUUUCGGCUUUUCGAUGGAGAUACGUGAUUACUCACAACACUUCUUUUCUUUUAUUGCAUGGAGAAUACGCAAAUAUUUGUAAGCACAAUACUGGACUGGAAGUAAUUUGUCAUAACAAAAAGCAAUUGAACAGUACUCACAUCAUGUCUAUUUUACUAUGCAAAAUGUUAAUAAGGGAACAUCAAACAAUUCCCUAAUAGGCUUUAUAAGGCAUGUGACAGUCAUAAAAUGAUCAAACCACAUCAUUUAAAAACCAAAAUACAGCUUUAGUAAAGGACAAUCUGCUAUUUUAGUUAGAAGUUAGAUUUUAUUAUUAGAAAAAAACAGUGUUUGCUUUAAUCAUAAUUAAAACAUUUACACUGCAAUAUACAGGCUGCUGAUUGUGCAGUUUAACUGUCAGCUAAUUUAAUAACACAAACAGACUUUGGACUAGUGUAGUAUACCAAUAUUUGGGUUUCAUGAUUUUGUUAAAUAUAUUGUUCUUCGCUAUAUUUCUGGCAUUUCUAACUACAGUCCUAAACUGGAUAAUAUUUCAAUAAAAUAUCUACACUGUUAACUGUAAGCUAAUGAUAUAUAUGAUAUUUUUAAAAUCCAAAUUGUUAUUAAAAAUUUGAGCAGUAGGAAAAAGAAAUGUUAUUUGAAGAGCAUCCUCCGAGGCCAUAGUUAGCUUCGUAGCUUUGUUCUCUAAUUUUCCAGGUCACUUAAUUCUUUUGUGGUCAAGCUUUUCUCUGUGUCCAUCUUUCAGAGCAAAUUAAGUGUCUGGUCAAGCCAAAAUGUGCAUACAGCCUCCAAGAAAUUACUUUGUAUUGAUUAUUUACACCUCAUUCUUAUGUAACUGCUGGCAAAUCUGCUGUGUUCAAUAAAUGAAUAAAUAUGUAACAUUAAAAAGCCCAAUUUAUGUCAAAGAAAACUGAGCCAUGUCAAUAUCAUAUUUUGAUAUUGACAAUCUCCCAUUGUUUUGUAUAAGAAAUUCAUUGCUAAGAUUUAUUUAAUUCAUUACAACUUCAGUGUUUUUUGUUAACCUAUCUAUCAGGUACCGCCCUAUAGGUGUUUGCUGAGUAUCCCAAAGGUCUCCAUACACAGGGGACUUUGUAUACCAGCCCAUCUUCAUGGUGCCUUCAGCCGAUGAUUGUGGAUGUCCACGUCUCAGUUUCAGUCUCUUUGAAUUUGUUUAAACAGAGAUUCAACAACAGUGUAGUGAGAUGUGCUCGCUAUGUUUCCUGUUAAAGUAAAUCAUACAAAAAACCUUGUAUCAGCUUCCUGAUCCAGUCAUGAGAAUGAUUUCAAUAUCACCUAUAUAUAAAUUUAAAAUAAAAGUUAAAGUUAAAAAUGUAAACUUUUACCCCAGUAAAUCAGUUUGUGGUAUUUGAUUGCAUUUUCAGUCAAAUACAUUGCACAAUAUCAGCGAAAAAUCCAAUUACAUAUUUAUUGGAUGUACCUGUUUUCUGUCAGAUGAUAACAAGCGUAAAUGCAGCAUUAUGAUGAUGAUU